AUGUCCUCCGCCUCUACCGCUGGUCGACGGCAAGCUCGCGGUGGAGCUCGUGCGGGUACACAUGAGAGAGGUGAAGAAGCAGCUUUGUGGACAGAGAUCACCCAAUCUCUAGCGAAGAUCAGAGCCGAAGAGAAAUCAUUCGAAGCUGAUAUUCCCGAUGCGAUCAUGAAUCGAGAAUCCAUCAUAGCCGAUCAAUUGAAUCAUGGAAUAAGCCCUGCUCUCGCCGCAAUAGAUGAGCUCAGCAAGUACAUUCGAGACGGCGUGAAGUUUUCCGAGUCUACAGCAGCGGCUAUACGACAGACUGUGGAAAAGAUCUCGAUCCUCUUGGCUUUAAUUAAAGGUAACGAAGCAGAACGAGGCUCCAAUUCACGGGAAUCGCAUGGAAGAUCUAGUGUGACCGACGAUGUGGGAUCUAUGGACUCCCCUGUACCUUCUCCAGCAGAGAACAAACAUGUUCGAAAGAUGGGAAAUGGCAGAACCAGCAGUUUACCCCCCAAGGGAAAAGACACCCCGAGAAAGUACGACAACGGGGAGCCUACGACGAGCACGAGCACGAGUAGCACAAAGAAAAUUGAAUUUUCCAAGGGACAGGAAGUGGCAUUCAGACCCAAACCCGAGUUCCCAACUACGGAGACGGAUUGGAUACAGGGAAAAGUUACAAAGGUUAUUGGGGAGGGCAAGAGCCGGCGAUACAAGGUUGAAGACGUCGCUCCUGACGAAGGGAAGCAACCUAAAGAUUUCCUCACCUCAGCAUCUUCCAUGUGUCCUAUUCCACCAGAUGACGCUAUCCUUGGCCCCUACGACGUUGGGAAGCGCGUCCUCGCUCUUUAUCCCGAGACAACGACAUUUUACCGAGCAGAAGUUAAAGCAAUGCUGGAUGAUGGUAAUAGAGUUAGAUUAAUCUUUGAUGGAGAUGAGGAUUCUACAAAGGAAGUUGAACGGCGAUUUGUUCUUGAUCAUUCGGGGUAA